CUUUCUAUUCAUUCAUCCCCCAAAACUUGUUUUCUUUUCUUCCGAAGAAAAACAAUAUAAUAUAAUAUAAUAUAAUAUUAUAUUAUUAUUCAUAUUCAUCAUAUAUAUACUUUCUCACACGCCAUCAACACAACAACAACCCUAUCUCUUAAAUUUUCCGAUUCAAUUUCUCAUUUUUGGGGAAGAACAACCAAAUACAGAAAAUAAAACUACAACAACAAGAAGAAGAAAAUUGGAAAAUAAUAAUAAAAAAAAAACGCAACGACGCAGUUUUGAACGAUGUCUGCUGCGGUGUGCGGAAGCAAGAGAUCUUUCUUCGAAGACCUUCCUCCAUCACCACCUGUUUCUUCUAAGAGGCUUCGUUGUUCUUCUUCACCAAUUCGUCUUUCUCUUCCAUCUCUUAUUGAUCAUCUUCAAUCUCUUUUUCCACAUAUGGAAGAUCAGAUUAUUGAAAGAGCGUUGCAGGAAUGUGGUAAUGAUUUAGAUGCUGCUAUUAAGAGCUUGCACGGGCUUUGUUUAGGAUCUGCUGAUGAAAAUUCUGUAGUUGCUCCUAAUUCGGAUGCUGCUGUCGAAACAGGUGUAUUUGAAGGUAAUGGGGAUGCUUCUGCAUCUGGGAAUCAGGCAGCUGAAAACAAUCUUCCAGCCGAUGGACCUGAAUGGAUUGACUUGUUUGUUAGGGAAAUGUCGUGUGCUACUAGUGUUGAUGAUGCAAGAGCCCGUGCUGCUAAAUUGCUUGAGGUUUUGGAGAAAUCGAUCAGCUCGAAUGUGAGUUCUGGGGCAAUGACUGAUCUUCAAAGGGAAAAUUUGAUGUUGAAAUAUCAAGUUGAAGUCUUGACCAAGGAAAGAAAUUGUUUCAAAAGUGCUUUUAGAAUCCAGCUUGAACGCCUUUCUGAUUAUGAGGAUAAAGACCGAGAGUUGCAGCAGUUGAAGCAGUUGGUGUCUCAAUACCAGGAACAGAUCAGAACUCUUGAGGUUAACAACUAUGCUUUGCGAAUGCAUCUGAAUCAGGCACAAAAAUACAACCCUUUUCCUGGGGGUUUCCCACCUGAUGCCUUCUAAUGCAAUCAGCGGGUAGAGUAUAACAAUCAAGGCAGUUAAAUAGCUGUAUCCGGUUAAUUUAUAUCCGGUGUUUUAUUUUUCCAAAAGAAGUAUGUAUUGUUAUUUAUUGUUACAGUUUGUGUAGCUCCUGUAGGCCAAGGAAAAGUAGCUAUUCCUAGUUCAGGGGUGAAUCUAUCUUAUCAACAUGGAAUAGAACGGAAAAUAAUUAUUCUUAAGUUAAUUCAAUUAUUUAUUCCUCACCGAA